AUGAUAUUUGAAAGGUAGGAGAAUUAAGUUAAAAUAGCUCUUAAAAUAGGUCAAGAUAAAAUCAGUUAGCUGUAAUAGGUUAGAUAAAUAUAUCUUAAUGACUAAUUUUAAACUAUUUAAGAACUAGAAGAUAUUUUGCUUGAAGAUAUUACAGAUGGUUUAUAUUUAGAUUGCUCUUUAGAUUUAGCUUUUCUACUAAUACAUGAAUGUGCCAAUGAUAAGUAUAGAAUUGAGCACACUUUUAAUAGAUUAUUUUAGCAUUAUUUGAAAAAUGAAAAAAGUGAUCAUUUAAUUAAUAUCCUUUCUUUCUUAUUGAACUAUUUUCAUGAAUACAUUUAUUUAUAAGGUGAUAAACUUUUUGGGCAGCUCAUAUCGCAGGACUAAAGUAAAGUCCAAAAAAUACUUAAUUUGCUAAAAGUUGCUCUUAGGCCUCAAAAAAAUUAGGUAAGGUCUUUAGAUUUAAAUAUAGAAAAGCUAAAUUCUAUUUAGGGUAAUGCCGCUGAUGUUGAAGACAUUUAUAAUUUAGUUGAUGCAUUGAUAAAACUUGCUCAAUAGACUAUGUUCACUGGUAAAAUGAAAGAUGAUAAAUCAGUUGAAAAGGUAGAUUAAAAAACUGAGGAAUAACUUAAAAUAGAUGCUCUUAACGUGCUUCUUUUAUUGAGGAAUAAGCUGAAUAAAUAAUAAAAGAAGAAAGCAAUUGCUUUACUAUCAAGUAACAUCAACUUAAUUGAAGCUAUAUGCUAGAAAGAUGUAGAUUUGAUGACAGAUUACCUCUACUUUCUAAAUACUUAUUAAGAAGAUUUUCACAAACAAAAAGAAAUAUUAGUUUUAGAAAAAAUGUGUGAAAUUAUUAACUAAUAUCUUAAAAAUAUAACCAUUAAUGAAUAUAUUUACAAAAUUAAUUAUCAAGAGAAAUUUCCUUUUUCUCGAUAGCUACAAACUUAUUUAAAACUCUUUUAAAAGACUGAAGGAGGUAAAGAAGCAACCUUAGAAUUAAAUAAAUUGUCUGAAAUAUACAGCAAUCAAGAAAGAUUUCUGCUUUGUAAGAAUACAGCUUAUGAAAUUACAGUAAAACUAUUUUUUUCACAAAAAAGAGAAAAAAUUAUGCAAAAAAACAGCACAAUAAUAUUCGAAAUAAUCUUAAGCUUAUCAAAAUUAUGCUUUAGCAUCGAUAUGUCAAACGAAAAUACGCCUCUUUAUGAUACUGAAUUGUUUUCUUGCUUGAAAGGAGUUUAUGACUUUAUUUGUGAAGAAAAAAAAAUUCAAUUUCUGCAUUUCCUCUACUCAAAAUUAGCAGAAAUAGAUAAGGGAGCUGAAGUAAUUAAUGGUGUAGUUACUCAAGUAGAAAUUGAAGAUAAAUUCACUGCAAUAGGCUGCUAUAUAAUUUUAGAGUAUUUAAGUUCAAAAUUAGUAGAGGAUAUGAAGGGAUAUUCGCUCAGAUUUAUGAAUUUUAUUAGCUAUCAUUUACUUGACGAGUACAUUUUCCCAUCUGUAGUAUCGUUUUUAGCAGAGAUGGCCAACUAUUUUACUUCAAAUAUAACAGCAUACCAUAAAAGCUUUAUGCCUCAGCUUGUUUCAAUAAUUUAACAAACAAAAAAUCAAUUAAAAAAGGAAUCAAUUAUCGAUACAUUUGGAAAGCUAUACGAUUAGUUAAUAUUUUUGAGAAUAAAGGACAUGUAUCCAUACCUCAAAGACAUUUUUUAAUUUCUUGUUGAAGAAUACACAAGCAAGGAUUUCUUCGACAAGGAAAUGACAUACACUGAUAUUGUUUAGAAUUUAAUCAUUUAAAUAAUUAACUUGAAAGACAUAGAAUUAUAUUUAAAAGAAGAAAUUUUAAAUUAUGCUGAUGCCUUCGUAAGCAUGAUUAACGAUCCAUAAGAAAGAAGCAAAUUAAUUGCAAAAAAUCACUAGAUAGUUUUAUAUGGUUUUUUGUGCUUUUAGAUAAAGCAAGGAAGAGUUUCAAAUGUGUUACUUGAAUAAAUAAGAGACAUCGCGAAUGAACUAGCUUAAUAAAUAUAUUCAAAAGGAGAUAAAAUGACUAUAGAGGAAAGAACAUUAGUCUAUCUCUUCUUCAAAAAAUUGACUGUAUUUUCUCUAGGAUCUUAAGAAAUUUUUGAUAAAAUAUUCCUUCUAAUUUUACCUCGAGUUAUAUAAGAUGCACAGAACGAUGUCAGCGUUAAAAACUACUCUAUUAAAGAAAGUAAUAUAGUCCAAGAAGCAUUUGAUGAUAUUGAGUUAGAAGAAGAAAACCAAGGAGAGCAAGAGGAAGAUUUAGACGCAGAAUAAUAUGAUUAAUUUAAUUAUUUGAUUCCUUCAGAUACUAAAAUAAGUUUGGUUGAAUCUUCUUUAUCGAUUUUAGCAGUAUUCAGUGAAUAGUCGCCAGAAAUUUUCAUGAAUUAUAAGAAAUUUGAUAUUUUAAAUGUGUUAAUUAAUAAUCAAUUUAAUUCUGAUUUAACUGAAGAUAUAAUUAUUUAGAGUUAGUCGAUAAUUGGAAGAAUAUUUGUCUCUGUCUAGAAGUAUUUAAUAAGCUUAGAAAACCAAACUUAGGAGUAGUAGGAUUUAGGACUGAAUGAUAAUUAAUUAGUUGAAUUAGACCCUAUAAUUGAUAUUUUGCUUUAUAGAUUUCUGAAUCACAAAAUGCACUUAUUUGUGCAAAAGUGUGAAGAUAGACUUUACUAAGAGCUCAAUAACACUCUUGAAAAAUCUGAUAAAAAAACUAUAUUUUCUUAUUUUGAUAAAUUUUAUGGGUUGGUGGAGAGUAUUUUGUUUGAAAACAUUAACACAUGUGACACCAACAAAAUAGGUAAUUGUAUUUAUAGCAUUAUAGAUAUUUUAAAAGCGGCUCCAUCUAAAAUUAUGCAAGCGCUACCUUAGACAUGGAAUAUUAUAAAAUUAAUUUUAACUGAAAAAGAAGAAUUGUAUGUAACCUAUGAAGAAUACAUCAGCCAGUAAAAAUAAUAAGCUCGUGAAGAUAUUUCAAGCAAUAAUGAAGAGGAUUUUUCUGAGAAAUUUACAGAAGACCCAUUUGUUGUUAUUCGUUGCAUAUUUGAAAUUUGGGAAAUAAUUAAAAUAUAGCCUGAAUCAUAUAAAAUAUUUAAAUCAGUAUUUCACUACAUUAUUUUAAACUAAGAAUUUCAACAGUAUGAGCAAUAUCUCUAAAGUAUUUGUGCUUACUUAAAGAAAAUUAUAAGACAUUGUUAAAGUUAUCUGAAUGUGGAAGAAGUCCAAGCUUAUUAUUAAAUUAUUUAGAAGGUAGCUUUUAAAGUUGAUGAAAACUAUUUCAGAGAAAUUAGUCCUGUAGAAAACCUAAGGAUAGCAUUUGCUAUGCUACAAACCUAUUUAGAUAGUAGAAUUCCUGAUUAAAAUAUUCAAUAAAAUGAUAGCUAUACAUUAUUUUUGGAGAUCAUUCCAUUGAGAGACGAAAUUGGAGAAUUCCCUCAAGUUUUAUAUAUUUUUGAACAUUUAAUAUAAAACAAUUACGAGUUUAAUGUCAUAUAGAAGAAUAAUGUUGUUAAAACAAUUUUAAAAGCAAUUAAUGACCCAGGUGUAUAAGAUGUAGAUGAAAAAAACUUGUAAAUCAGCUUCAAAAUCCUUAAAAAGUUAUGCUAAAACGAUUAUGACAAAUAAAUUAUACUUAAACAUAUUGAAAAAGAAAUAACUAACUUUCAAAAGGAAGUUAUCGUUAAAUAUUUAGAAAUUUGA